CUGCCUUUCUAAAGUGAUGGGCUCCCUCCGGCUCCUCUUAAAGGGCCAGCCCCGCCCGGCCGAGCCGCGCCCGGCCCCACGCCCUGCCCCGUCGGCUGCCAGCUUUGACAGUCGCUUAACAGCUUGAGUCGUCUGGGGGGUUCUCCGGGGCUAUGGACUCCUCUGGCGGCACCCCGGGGUGCAUGGGGCAAUGCACCAGCUUCCUCCGCUCCCACAAGGGCACCAUCCUGGCGCUGGAGAUUGGCCUCUGUAUUGUUAUCCUGAUCUGCUAUGGUGCGUCUUGGACCCCUGGUUACACGGGUGUGGCUAUCUUCGAGAUGGUGUUUUCCAUCGUCUUCUUCAUCAUCUACACGCUAGAAUUAAACAAGCAGCUGGCUUUUGUGCAUUGGGGCUGGAGUGAUUUCAUCCGUGCUCUGAUUGGUGCUUUGCUCUUCCUCAUCACCUCCCUCAUCGUAGUCAUUCACCACAGGGACGGAGCUGGGAUCGCAGCUGGGGUCUUUGGGCUCCUGGCCGGCAUCCUGUUUGCAUAUGAUGCCUAUGUUACUUUCCCCACCCUCCAGAAAACCCACACAGCUGCCCCCACUGAAUCCCCGGAGGCUGUCUGAAGAGUUGCACGAACCCAGCCCCCACUUUGCUGCCUUUGUCCCCCCCCACACACACACUUCGCUGUUUCUAAGGAUUCUUGUGCAUACUGCUGGGGGGGGGCAAAUAAGAGAUUUCCCCCCAACUAAUCUCCCUCCAUGGGGCCCCGCCCCACCCCACCCAUGUUUAGAAGCCUUGACAAUGGGGAUUGAAAGGGGGGAGCCAGUCCCCCACCCCACUAAUGCCUAGGUUGGCUGGAGUGAGGAUGAGGGCAGUGGGGUCUAGUGGUUUUGAACAGGUGUGGGCAGGGAGGUGGGAUUACUGGGAGCCAGGACUCCUGGGUUCUAUCCCCAGCUCAGGGCAGGGAGCGGGGUCUAGUGCUUUCUGUCCCUACCACUUAUUCCUUUUCAAGUGCCUUUACUCUUUCUGUGCCUCAGUUUCUUCUGCGCUAACAGGUGUUACCUUCCCAGUUGUUCAGGGCAGAAGGACCCAUGUGUUUAUGUAGGGCCUACCAGAACUGGAGCCCAUGGGAUGUUUUCAAGGGAAAUACAUUUUAAUAUAAGGAGGAGAUUUUUUUAAAUUAACUAAACUUAAUGCAAGGAAACCGGCCCCAGGGUAGGGGACUGGGUGGGGAAUGCCACAUGGGGGGAUUCGUGUGGUGACGCUCAGGGCACUGACUCCCCCCCCCCAAACCUUUCACGUUCCCCCCUCCUCCCCAGUCCCUGGUCCUGCAUGUGGCUUGUGUUAAUUUCUGCUUAUUUGGGGGGGGGGGAGCAGAGAAAGGUUAAUAAAAAUACUGAU